AUGGAAGAGGUUCCGGAGAGAGGCGAGUUGCGGAGAAUUCAGCGAGAGCAAGAGAGGGAGAGGAGGCGGAUAAGAGAUCGACAGAGGAGGCAAGCGAUGACGCAAGAACAAAGGGAAAGACAUCUUGCGCGACGUAGAAGAAACUAUCAACUUAGAAGACAAAGAGCCGCGAAUGCGAAUGUGAAUGUGAAUGUGAAUGCUAGUAAUGUUAAUGCUUCUUUUAUUCCUCUUCCUCCUAACCCUCUUGCUCUAGAAUCAAGUGCUGGUGAAGCUAGUACUAGUGAUGAAUUUCAAGGUGCUAAUUCUUCUACUUCACUGGACUAUAGAGUUUUUAGUCAUGGUUUUGGAAUUAAUCAAGGACAAGAGACAUUGAAUUUGGGAACAAAAGUUUCUCAUGGUUCAUCUAGCAUGGAAACUCUAGUUUAUAAGCUAGAUAAUUCACCAAGGUUGCGUCAAAUUAGAAAUCUUGCAAGAAAUGUUACAGGUUUAGUGGCUGAUUCUGCUGGUACUAGCCAGGUUGCACUUGAGUUGAAAACAAAUGAAGAUGUAUCAAUCGGUGAUUCGAGUAACACGCCAAAAUCUUCACGGUUAAAUUCAGUGAAGCGUCUUGCUCGAUCAGUUAAUGCUCCACCCAAAGAGACUGAAACUCAAAAGGACAACAAUUUGCCUCCAGAAAGAAUUCAAUUACUUGAUAAUGAAAGCUUUAUGAUCACUCAUUAA